AUGGAAGGAGCUCGAAGAGCGGCAGAGGCUGUUAAGCAAGACGCAGGGCGUCUUCAGAGAUCAGUCAAAGAAGAAAAGAAGAGAGCUGAUGAAGCCGUCGCAGAAGCAGAGGCAGCAAGCAACGCAGCUAAGAACGACGCUUGCGAGGCUAAAGCUGCCAAAGAAGAUGCUGAAAGGCGGCUUAGGGAGGGCAUCCAACCCGUCAUAACGCCCACCCCUCAAGAAAUUCUUGCUGCCAAAGCAAAAAUUCAGUACCAGGAGAAUUUGUUUCAUUUUGCUGUUGCUGGGAGGGCGGGGGCGGGAAAGUCAACCCUCGUCAACGCAUUCCGCGGUAUGAGUAACCGCGAAGCUGGUUCCGCUCAUGCAGGGGUCACGGAGACCACCUCGACAUUAGGAAGAUAUCCAGACCCUGAUGAGCGGUGCCAUCAUGUCUGGUACGAUCUUCCUGGAGCGGGGACGAUCAAGGUCCCGGAUUGGCAGUAUUUCAACGCUCAGGGACUCUACGUCUUCAAUUGCAUUGUCAUUCUGUUCGAUAAUCGGUUCACCUGUACCGACAUUGCUAUUCUCCUCAACUGCAGUCGUUUCAAAAUUCCCACUUACGUUGUCCGCUCAAAAGCCGACCAACAUAUCCGGAACAUGAUGAAGGAGAUGGGGUACAACAGCGACGAUGAAAAUGUCGACCGGACGCUACGGUCAGCCUUGUACAUGGCUGCAAGAGAGCAGCUCGUGGAUGAAACUCGCCGCAAUGUCAAGGCGAAUCUUGCGGAGGCGAAUCUACCCGACCAAAAGGUUUACGUUGUCUCUAGUCGACGUCUGCGAGCUGUAGCCAAAGGCGAGCAGCCGAAAAGGGUCAUCGAUGAGGGUCACCUGCUGAAUGAUCUAUAUGCGGAAGCACAACCUAGAUGUGCCCGGGAGGAAUUUCUGCCGGAGAGACUGGUCUCGUGGAAGUAA